UCCCCGCCCAGGCAUCUUUAAAUACCUACGAGCACGGUGAAGCGUUGUACGGUAAAUAACGGGGAUGCGUUGACGUAGUCCAGUGUUGUUCUUACUUAUUCGUUUAAUUGCAUGAAUACUUUCACUUUUGGGACUUUUUUCGACUUCUAACAUGGAGCUGGACCGGCGGCUGUUGCUGGCCCACUGCACGGUUCACGCCCUGUCCGUCGUUGCGGGCUUGCUGGUGGUCGUGCCCAUGGCUCUGAACGGCUCCGCUUUCAAAGGCCGCUGUGCACUAUUUUCCACCGGCUACUGGAGGACAGAGACUCAGGCAGAGAUGACGGGAGACGUCGCCCACUUGGUGGUACGGCAGUGGGGACCGCCGGCAGCCUGCCAGUUCUCCACAUUUGUCGGUAUUUUCACGGUGCUGUACGGUGCAGCGCAGGGCUGGAGAUGUCUCUUCUAUCUGCACGGACGACAUGACGACACCCUGUUCUCAUCCUUCCUGACGGUUCUGCUGAGCGUGUGUGUGCUGUUCCUAUCUGGAGGGGCCAGUGUUAUCUUGUCCCUGGGGCUGGUUUCCUGGUGUGACACAGUGACCGAUGACAACACACGGCCUUUCAGCUGUGCAGAGUCCCAGUCUUUUCCACUUUACCUGGAUGUGGACACCUCCUCUUUCUACAUGGAGCUCAAUCUGGCACAGGUGUCUCUGUGGUGUGUGACCGCGCUGUGGCUGACUCAGUCCAUCCUGGCUUUCCUGAGGCUCUACCACUCUCACAGCCAGCACAUAAGCAGACCAUGUCGUCCCCGAGAGAAGGAGAUGCUGCUGGGACACAGUCCCUCUGACAGCCGUUCCCCCUCACCUCCACAGUCUGCAUCAUCAUCCAUCCUCCUGGUCUGAUAUGUGAUAUGGAAGUGAAAGAAGACCAUAUUCUUAAAGCUGCACUCUAAAGCUCUCACUACUGCAUGUACAUUAUGGAUAUGUUUUUGUUAAGAUAUAAUUUAUCAUCUUACAUAAUAACGCCUGACAGAUACACUCUAGAAGUAACAAGAAAUGUCAGUGAAUCCCAAAGAUGCAGCGUGCCAAAUUUAAUGAAAAACAUUUUUUCCCUGUUUUCUCUAGAAAUAUCAGCAUGUAUAUAUUUUAAUCAGAACUUUGAAUACUGAAGUCCAUUAUCUGUCAGCGUAAUGAUGUUUCAGCAGGGCCUAUGUUUCUUACCUUACAUAACACUGCUGUCCAUCACCUCAAACAAAAACAACAGUGUGUACCUCUUCAUGUAUGUAUUAUAUUUACAUUACAUUUCAGUCCGACAUCUAAACAAAAAAAAAAGUAUUUUUUUAAUUCCUCUGAGACCCUUUAUCUGCUUUAUGUAAAACUGAUUUAUUUACUGAACUUGUUACUCAGAUUUUGAUCCAGAAAAAGUAACCAGUAAUAAUGUCGAUUUAGUACAAGUGACUGGAUGGUAAAAUUAAUUUGGGAAAUCCGCCAUCAGUGAUUGUAAAAUGAUGUAUCUGGUUUCUUUAGUUGAACUGCACACAAAUAGGCUCCUUAUGAUUUUUCUUUUCUUCUGCGUGCCCCCAAUAUGGAAAAACUGGUUUUCCUGAUAAUUUUCUUCCAUUCAGUUGAAACAUCAUUAGUCAUAGCCUAGAUUUUUAUAUACUUUAUUGUAAUUGUAUCUCUUAACUAUUACAACAUUAUAGUUACUAAGUAUUUGAAGGACAUAACUUAGAAAUAGCAGGGACAAAAAGGGACUAAACAAGGAAAUGAAAAAGAGAACAUGUCAGAAUAACUGAAGCAUAUGUAUUCAGUGACCUAAUAUUCAAAGUGUCAUUCAAAACCAACCAGAAGGUGAAUUAUCAACUGUGUUUUUUAAUAUAUGCAUGGUUGUUUACAUUUCUGUAGGAGAGUGAUAUUAUUCACCUGACCUCAUUGUGGAGAAUACAUUUCUGUUGACCGUUCUGAGUGUAAUAUUCAGAUGUAGCACUGAAGCUUUAAAUGUGAAGCAUGUGGUGGAAGUGAGACUGAACUACCAUAUAAAACAGGCUCACUGUGUGAGCAUGACUUUAUACUCUGUUAUGUAGCAGAAAGAAUCCCUGUUGACCCUCUCACUUCUUGUGACGACUGUUGUUAUGAUUCUGUUUGUGUGGAGACAACCAUGACAGGGCAGUAAUGAAGCAGGACAAAUUCUCUCCAUCGAUACUUGAUGAUAAAAGUAAAGGAGGUAAACGUUCACAAAUCUGUGAACAUUUGCAUAUGGAGAGAUAUUUCUGCAGAGCCCAAAAGUGUCAGUGAAAAGGAAAGAAAUUGCUUUUGUGGUUACACUUUUUUCUUUUAUCUUUCAUGCUGGUUGUAAUGAGACACAAACAGUGGAGCAAAAUAUCUGAAGUAAAGAGAGAUAAGACAGAAAUUCUACUGAAAAAUAAAUGUAAAAUAUGAAAUCUGA